GGGCUGUCAGAAAGGGAAAAGUCCAAAUCAGCCGACAGGUGAAAAAAUAACCAAUCAACCGCGUUUGCCUCCAUCUCGUCUGCCGAAAGCAAAUAAAAAUCGCCUCGUUUUGAAUAAAAAUUAGCCCCAGCUCGAAAUACUGCAGUCGGUGGUGGUAGUACAGACACGGGAGCGCUCACAAACAUGGGGUACAGCGCCGGACAUGUCUGUUCCCGUGGGUUCGUUCUGCUGCUAGUCCUAUUAUCGACCUGCAGCGGCUUAUACGAGGACCAGAUAGGUAAAUUUGAUUGGCGACAACAGUACGUAGGAAAAAUAGUAGACGGUGCCUUCGAUACAUCCUCCGUCGAUCGGAUAAUCGUUGCGACCGAGAGCAACGUGCUAGCGGCUAUUAGCGCCAAAACGGGUGAUAUUAUAUGGCGUCAGGUGCUUGAGAAUGGUCCCCGUGGCACCGUAAAGCUGUUGCACGUGACAACCCCAUCGUCUACCGGGGCCCGAUUGAAUCGGGGCGUAAACAGUGGAUAUGAUGUGAUCACUGUUACCGGCAACAAUCCGGCACUGAUACGCGGCUGGAACUCGAACCUAGGUACGCUCGAAUGGGAAUGGUCACUGACACCGACGGUGGCGGAAGAAUCGGCAGCGGAAGCCGUUUGGUUCGAGUACGACGGAUUGCUGUACCAUGUGGUGCCUGUGUGGGGAUCACACCUGGAGGUGACACCGUACCAGGCCGUUUCGGGUCAACAGGCACGAUCAACGACGAGUCGUAUUGCAGCGGGUUGGAUUGCAAAGGAUCGCUGUGUUUUGGCCGGUACAUUCUACGCCUGUGGCAUCAAGGAACAGUUGCUGGCGCUGGAUCUGGCGGCCGAUGCAAGCAGUACGGUCGUUUCCAAGCCACUCGGCUCGGAAGCAGUAGGCAGCCCCCGAGCGGUACGCGGUGAACCGGCUGUCAUCCAGAACGGACGCUAUUACUCAUUGCGCAACGAUCAAAAACUCGUAUUCGGAGCACGGGAUGCUGCGCUGGUCGAUCGUAUGGUGCUGGAAGGUGAACCGGUCCUGCUGCAGGGUACGGUUGAUCGCACGAACAGCAAGCUAACGAUAAACGCAUACCGGUUGCGUGAUUUGGUUCGUUUUGAUCCGAUCGAGUUCAGCACGGACUUUGGUGAUGCGCUGGGCGACCCGGAGCUGGUUUCGAUUCGUUGCAAACAAUCGUCCGGCGGUGGCUCAUCGAAGGUCGGAGCUGGGCUGGUAUGCCGAGUGCUGCUGUCUACCGACGAUGGUGCGAUCGUGCUGGUGCAGCAGGGAAAGAUUAAGUGGGUACGCGAGGAAGCACUGGCCGAGGUGGAAACGGCCGAGUUCCUGGAUCUGACGCUUUCGGAUGCGGAGGGAGCCAUCGAAGAGGAGCUUAACAACAAAAACGAAGAAAAUGGGCUGGAAUGGGAUGUGUUCGGAGCGUUCCAGCGGCGCAUUACAGCGCAAGUUUUGCACGUGAAAAAUCUGAUCCUACAUGUCCUCGGUGUCGGACCGGCCCCAUCGAAAGCUCAACGAGCCGGUCUAGUGAGGGAUGAUUUUGGACUGCACAAAAUGCUCGUCGUGGUCACAGCCAGCGGGAAAAUAUUCGGUAUCGAUAACGUGUCCGGCAAGCACCACUGGGUGCGCUAUUUGCCAUCUUUCACUGGGUUCGGCAAUGGGCAGCCGAUGAAACUGUUAGUCCAGCGCACAUCCCGCUUCUAUCCGCUGCCGGCUCAGUGCGUCGUGCUCGGCCGCGAAAAGAGCGACGCAAAGAAAGGCUUGCUGUACAUAUUUAACCCCAUCACGGGACUACCGGUUGCCGGCGGUGGUUUGAUCGAGCUCCCGUACCGUGUCCAACAGGUCGCACUAUUGCAUCAAACUGGUCCCGAUUUUCUGAAAGGAUUGCUGCUGCUUGACUACAACAAUAACGCACACGUCGUGCCGGAAUCGCUGGCUGUGCAUGCGGACAAUUUCUAUCUCUUCACCACGGACCAACGUAUGGCGCAGAUGCGUGGCUUCCUUGUGCAGUACCGGGCCGGUAAGCUUGAAACCAUUCCAACGUGGCAGAUCGAUUUGAGCGGUGCGAGCAAAAGCCAGCAAAUUAUCGCCUGCGAAGGUAAGAGCCCGAUCGAGCAUGUGCACUCGCAGGGUCGCGUCAUGGCAGAUCGGUCGGUGCUUUACAAGUACAUCAAUCCGAACCUUGUGGCCAUCGCUACCACCGGACCGGAUAACAUACACAAAUACAUAUUGAACGUGCAUUUAGUGGACGUUGUGUCCGGUUCGAUAGUUUUUUCCAUGUCACACAAACGAAUUCGCCCGCCACUACAUAUGGUGCACUCGGAGAACUGGCUCGUUUAUUCGUACUACAAUGACAAGGCACGCCGAACGGAGAUAACGUCGAUCGAACUGUACGAGGGUAAAACGCAAACGAACAGCACCGUCUGGAGCUCGCUGGACGCACCACCGCUUCCGAUGGUGGAACGCCAAUCCUACAUUCUACCGAUGGCGGUUGCCGCGCUGAAGGAAACCAUCACCGAGAAAGGCAUCACCAGCAAGCACAUCCUGAUCGGACUCACGACCGGUGCCGUUGCCGAAAUGUCCUGGGCAUUACUGGAUCCCCGCCGGCCCGUCACAUCGCCCGAGAAGGCACGCGAAGAGGGCAUCGUGCCGUACAUGCCAGAGCUGCCGCUUCCGCACGAGACUCUGAUCAACUACAACCAGACGGUGGCACACAUCCGAGGCAUGCAUACGGCACCAUCCGGCUUGGAGAGCACCUGUCUGGUGCUGGUGCACGGACUGGAUCUGUUCGUGACGCGCGUGUCGCCCUCGAAAACGUUCGAUCUGCUGAAGGAAGAUUUCGACUACUUCCUCAUUACGGUUGUGCUCGUGGUGCUAACCACCACGUCCUUUGUGGUGAAGCAGCUUGCAUCGAAAAAGCUCGUCAAGCAGGCGUGGAAGUGAUCGCCAUCACAUCCAGACGCCGGUAGCAACCGGAGCGCCGAAGGAAGCGUGUUUAACAGUAUGUGUGCGUGCCGUAUGUAUGGUUGGUAUGUGGUGUUGAUGGUGUAGGUCUGCGCCGUCAUCAUGUGUGCGUGUGUAUUGUACAACCAAAAAGACAUUUAAAUGCAUUUUCCCUUCAAUCGUCAUUUAUUGCACCCGUUCGAACUUUUGUUGAGACCGGAUCUCGGAAUCUACCCUUUUCUUUGCGUAGCUCUUGCUAGUGUACAAUUGGUGUCGUUGUGUGGGUGUGUGUGGAUAAAGUCACAACAAUUCAUCACAAAUUGAGUCGCUACAGAAUACGAUCGUUCAUCAACAUUGGCAUAUGGUGGUGUAUGGCAACUAUUUUUAACUUUUCCUAUCGUUUCCAGUGCACACUGCAGGACGCAGCUGAGCGCUGCAUUUCAAUAAAUGCAUCAUCGCUAGCUGGCGCCCUGGGGUGUGUAAUUAGCAUUAUUUUGUUUUAUUUUGUCUGCGGUAGUUUUAUUUUCUAGACCAAAUAAAACCUUUAACGGAAAAGGAACUUCCGUCAAAACGUGA